AUGGCUUCCAAUCAAAGCUCCGGUGGCAUUUCUGCCAUCGAAGCCCUCCAGAAACUCGAGACCGAUGCCGCCAUUCUGCGCCAGGAGGCCCAGAACAUGGAGCAAGCCGACCUCGCACGGCACCAGCAGGCUCUGCAGAGACGGUUACAGCUGCUGAGCGACCAUCUCCAACGACCGGCAACCAUAAACUCCAUUGAGGUCCACGGCGCCAAGAAUACUCGCAGAGGCUUUUUGGACCCCGUAUUCGCCCCUCUCGUUGGAAACGGUCGCAAUGCCGGCACAACACUCGGCGAGGUCCUCGCCGGCGUGCAGGAAGCCACCUCCAAGCUGGAGCGAUUCGAGAUCUUCAAGCCCGAGCCCACCGUCUUCCUCUCCGAUGCCCGCGACUCGAACCCCCACGCCGCCGGAACCGAUAUCGAUGUAUCCAUACGCGUCGCAGAGAAGUCCCGGUUCAUGCUGAAGGGUGGUACCGACCUGGGUAACGCCGAGGGCUCCGGGUACAUCAACUUGCUCUGCAGGAACUUGUUCGGUGGGGCCGAGCAGCUGUCAAUCAACACCAGCGCGGGAACACGGACAAGGUCGGCCUACAGCGCGGCACUCACUGCCCCAGUCAAUGGCAACCCCGAUCUGAGACUAACCGUGGAGGGACUGUCCUCGAACACGCAGAAGGACUGGGCAAGCCAUGAUGAGCUGAUCAAGGGGGGUACUUUGAAGGCGGCGUGGCUGUCAAAACAGGGAGACUUGCACAACCUUGCAUACUCUGGCACAUGGCGACAGAUUACUGGACUGAGCGCUGGUGCUUCGCCCACUGUUCGGGCGGAUGCUGGAGACAGCAUGAAGAGCUCCCUCACCUACAGUUUGACCCGUGAUCGCCGGGACAACCCGUUGCUCCCCCAGAGCGGCUACCUUGUAAAGACGAUAACGGAGUUGGCGGGGUUCGGUCCCUUGCGUGGGGACGUUGCUUUCUCGAAAUCGGAGGUUGAGCUCGCCGGAGCACUUCCCGUACCGCUACCAGGCGUCAGCAGCAGCCGGACCGGCAUCUCCAUCGGCGGUGGUCUCCGGUUUGGUCUUCUUUACCCCCUCCCCCUUGGCUGGUCCCCCAAGGGUGAGUCCAUUCCCAGUUUGAUCAACGAUCGAUUCCAGCUUGGCGGCCCCACCGACGUGCGCGGCUUCAAGAUCGGUGGACUAGGCCCUCGUGAGGGAAGCGAUUCCGUUGGUGGCGAUGUCUUCGCGGCGGGCAGCGUCAACAUGCUGCUCCCCCUUCCCCGUACGGGAGUCGACUCACCGCUCCGGCUGCAGCUGUUCGCGAACGGAGGCCGUCUGGUCGCUCUGCAGGACCAGAGCAGGGCCCGCGAGCAGGAGAGCAAGGGACUGGCGAUGAGCCCUGGCGCGGUUAAGAGCGGCAUGAGCAGGGCCAUCAGCGAGCUGAGCAACGGUUUGCCGAGCAUAGCGGCUGGUUUUGGUCUGGUGUACGCGCACCCUGUUGCGAGGUUUGAGCUCAACUUUAGCUUGCCUCUGGUAAUGAGGAGAGGAGAGCUGGGACGCAAGGGUCUCUCGGUUGGUGUGGGUAUCAACUUCCUGUGA